UAUGAUUAGAAUUAGAUACGAUAAAUAUAAUCCAACCCUUGUUCUUGCUGCCGGCGUUCAUUUGUUUGUGUCCUUUGUAGUCUAUCAGGGCUUCGUCCGACCAGGCACGUCGAUGAUCCCAAAGUUUUCCAAUUGGCCUUCCUUACUGAGUUUUUCUUCCAAACUUGCGACAACAUUGCAGCGAUAGGAUAGGAGGAAUUACUACCAGAACUUUUGAGUUUUACUGUUACUAUUAGCAAGGCAAGGAAAAGGGGGUUGGUGGGAGACAGACACUAGAAAGAAGAGGGAAAGCAAAGGAAGUGAGGGGUAGAGAAAGAUGAGCAAGAUCGGAAGAAGAUUCGAGGGAAAGGUAGCUAUCGUCACCGCUUCCACUCAGGGUAUUGGGUUCGCCAUCGCUCAACGUCUUGGCUUAGAAGGCGCCUCCAUUGUUAUCUCCUCUCGCAAGCAGCAAAACGUAGAUGAGGCAGUUGAGAAGCUCCGAGCACAGGGCAUCCAAAACGUGAUCGGUGUAGUUUGCCAUGUCUCAAAUGCACAACAGAGGAAGAAUCUCAUUGAGAAAACUGUCGAGAAAUAUGGGAAAGUAGAUGUGGUUGUAUCCAAUGCUGCUGUCAACCCCUCCACUGAACCCAUUUUAAAUACAAAGGAUUCCGUCCUCGAUAAGCUCUGGGAGAUUAAUGUCAAAGCUUCUAUCCUUCUCUUGAGGGAUGCAGCUCCGCACAUGCCAAAGGGUUCCUCAGUUGUUCUAGUGUCCUCUAUUACUGGCUACCACCCACCAUCAUCAAUGGCUAUGUAUGGAGUCACUAAGACCGCCCUUCUCGGCCUUACCAAGGCGCUUGCAGCUGAGAUGGCACCUGAUAUUCGAGUGAACUGCAUAGCUCCUGGUUUCGUGCCAACACACUUUGCUUCUUUCAUAACGGAGAAUGAUGAAAUGAGAAAAGAACUUGAGGCGCAGACGUUAUUGAAUAGGCUGGGCACGACAGAAGACAUGGGUGCUGCAGUAGCGUUUUUGGCGUCAGAUGAUGCUUCAUACAUAACUGGUGAAACUCUAGUGGUGGCUGGGGGAAUGCCAUCUCGGCUUUAAGAUGGAGUUAGUGUGUUGUUUAUCUUGUAAUCAAUCCCCGAGUCAAGGUGCCCUUUUAUCCAUCUCUUGAGAAACCAAUAAUAGAGAAAAACGAUUUCUUCAUACGGGUGUCUCUGUGGCUGAGACCAGUCUGUAGUCUGCCAUUUGGAUGGACAAUUCUUGUGUGGUAAACUGCAUCCGAAAGAAAAAUUGCAACUCCAUAUGGCCUUUUCUUCCUCCUAGCUAUAGGUCAAUACCAGCUCAUAUGACUAGGAUUGUUGGAGAGUCAAACUCUUG